AUGGCCCCAGCAUUGCGCGCGCCGCGGCCCAUGGCGCCCGAAAUCAAACGGACCUCACUGCCCAGCAUCUCUCACAGCACACCAAAAGACGUGCCACCAAAGCAUCUCGAACAACGACACGAGUCUCUCUCGUCAACUCGCCCCACCAACGCUCCGGCCAGCGCCGUCUUGGCGCGGUCGCCCGCCCAGAGCAGCCUAAUUCCUGCCAUCUAUGGGGCCAAUGUGUCCGGUCCCACUGCGGGUGUCGUUGUCGGUAUCACGCUGGGCGCCGUCGGCGGCUUCUUGCUGCUCAUAGCCCUUCUCUAUAUGAUUGUCAACAUUGGUAACGGCAGCCCGGGCCGUGGCUUUAUGAGCGGCGGCGGUAGCGUCGUCGAGGUUGCAUCAAGCUUUGGCGGCGCCUCCAGCUACGUCUCACGCCGUGACGAGCGCCGUGCCCGCCGCCACCGCCACCACAGCGGUCGUCGGCGGAGGAGCGGGCGGCGGGAGACUGUGGAGAUCCGCAGCAGCCGGGUGCGGCCCGUCAUUGUGGAUCCGCCAGAACGUGUGCAGCGCGUCGUGGUCGAGGAGGAGCGGAUACGGCGGGCCAGCGGCGGGCGGCCCGGCCCGUCCGUCGUGGAGACAGUCGACAGCGACGACGACGAGAUUGUUGUUGAGGAAGAGGUGGACGCCCGGCGGCGGCGGCGGCCCAGGGUCGACAGCGAUGAUGAUGACGACGAUGAAGUCGUGGUGAUUGAGGAGAACUCGUCGGGACCCGGGCGGUCAAGGCGCAAGGGCAGCCGGGCCGGCAGGUAG